CACCGUGCCGGUCGAAAUUCGCCACAACCAAUCAUCUUUCACCAAAAAACCCUUUUUCUCAUUUCAUUCUCUUCACCCUAAUCGCAUCGUUUUCUACUUUGAAGUUUGUUUUUUUCUUCUUCUUUCAAUUUCAAUUUCAAUUUCUAGGGUUAGGGAUUUCUAAUUUUCUAUUUAUUUUCCCCCUUCUGGGGCACUUUCGACUGUUGUUGUUUAAUGGAGGCCACGGCUGCCGCAGCUGCCGCCGCUCGCGGCGUUGCUCUUCAGUUGCAGACCCCGCCACGGAAAGAAUGGCGUGCUGUUGCUGAACAUCAUCAUUCUGCGAGAAACCCUGAUGAUGAGGAGUUAGAAAACCCAAAACUUGGGCAAUCGGACGAGAGAACCAUAUAUGAGGUGCAGCAAGGAAGAGAGCCCCUGGAUGUUGAUUUUUGUUCGAUGACAAUGGAUGGAACACUAGACAUAGAUAUUUUACAGCAGCAGAUCCUUAGUGCUGUUAGUCAAAGGCGUGAAAUACUUCAAAUGGAGAUUGAACUAAAAGCUCAAAUCAUCGCCAGAUCUGAGCUGUUGAAAAUGCGAAACACCUAUGAUGCUCAACUGAAGGAGCAUGCUAACAAUGCCAGCAAGUUUCAGGAGCAACUUUGUGAAAGGGAGCGUGCAAUUCAUGAGCUGGAAAGGAAAAUGGAAGAGAAAGACAGGGAGCUACAUAAAAUUAAACUAGAUAAUGAAGCGGCGUGGGCUAAACAAGACCUUCUUCGUGAGCAAAACAAAGAACUAGCAUCUUUCAGAAGGGAGCGUGAUCAUUCAGAAGCGGAAAGAGCUCAACAUAUACAACAAAUACAUGAUCUGCAAGAACAUAUUCAAGAAAAAGAUAGACAACUUAUUGAGUUGCAGGAACAGAAUAGGGUUGCGCAGGAGACAAUUAUGUUUAAAGAGGAACAGAUUAGAGAGGCUCAAGCAUGGAUAACCCGUGUUCGUGAGAUGGAUGUUUUCCAAUCAACAACAAACCAGUCAUUACAGGCUGAAUUGCGAGAGCGCACGGAACAAUAUAAUCAGCUAUGGAUGAAUGUACAGAGACAGUUUGCAGAGAUGGAGAGGCAUCAUUUGCAUGCUAUGCAGCAGUUACAGCUUGAGCUAGCUGAUGCAAGAGAGAGGACUGGAACUUACAAUGAUGACUCUCGAAUGUCCCAAGUAAAUUCGAAAAGUAACGUAGCUCCAUAUGGACAGGAAAAUGGAAAUCAAUUUGACUUGAAUGGAGGCAAUGCUUCAGGUGGAAAUACUGGUCUCCUUACAAAUGAGAACUCAGAUAACGGUCCUCCAUUUUCAACUUCAGGCAAUCCGUCAAUUCAGACUGAUCAUACUCAUGGUGUCGCUAUUGCUCCAUCAUCUCUGAUUGUCCCCCACCCGUACCUUCCACCUGGUCAAGUUACUGCCUUGCAUCCAUUUGUUAUGCAUCAACAAGGAGUGCCCAACUCUGUUGCAUCACAUGUCCCUCAGUCUCAUGUUGGACAUUUUCAUCCAGUGCCCACAAUGUCACCUAUGCAACAGUGGCAAAAUCAACAGGCUGUUUCAGAGGGUUUGCAGGUAUCCAUGCAGGAUAAUGCCGCCUCAUCCCAAGCUGAUCAAAAUUUGAUCAGAUCAGAUGCAAAGUUUAAUUAUGACAUGUCUGUUAAUGGGCAAACUCUUACUAGAGACUACUUGGAUGCUCAUGUUCACCAAGGCGAGGAGGCACAUACUGUGGUUUCAUCAUCCACCGGGGAAACACAGGUUCUUCAGUCGGUUGAUAAAGAUCUACUUAUUGCUUCCCAACAAAGCUUACAACAGAUUUCUUCACAGUUCUCUGAGGCCUUGAGGUUGAACUCUUUUAAACCAAAUGGUGAAAUGAAGAAUCCAGUGACAUCAUCUAAUGAUGAAGGACCUGCGAGCCAAAUAUUAUUAGCUGAGCAAGCAAGUUCUGCUGUAAAUACAUCAUCUGUUGCAAGUCAUUCUGUUGGUGAAAUGAUUCAGAACAAUUCUGAUAUUGUCUUGCCUGAAGCAUUCGCCUCGACUGUGCAGACAACUUCAACAACCAUUGCAAAGGCUCCAGAUGCUGCUCUUCUUGAUGAAAGGUCAUUGUUAGCAUGCAUUGUGCGCACUAUUCCAGCUGCUGGACGAAUUCGAAUCAGUUCAACGCUCCCUAACAGACUGGGCAAAAUGCUUGCACCUCUACAUUGGCAUGAUUACAAAAGAAAAUUUGGGAAGCUGGAAGAUUUUGUAACUAGUCACCCUGAAUUAUUUUUGAUUGAGGGUGACUUUAUUCAACUCCGUGACGGGGCACACAAAAUGAUUGCUGCAACCGCUGCUGUUGCAAAAGUUGCUGCAGCUGCCGCAGCAUCAUCUCCUUAUUCUUCAUAUAUGCCUACUGUAGCAGUUACUCCAAUGGCUCAAUCUCACCGCUUAAAGAAAUCUCCUUCAACUGACUCCAAUGGGGCGUGCUUCAGUGUUGCUGGAGGUCUUACGAAUGUUAAAAUUUUGAGUAAACCCAAGGAUUCUCCUGAAAAUAGUUAUGUCCAGCCUUCUGCACAAUUAUCUGUUGGAAACGGGGGAAGUCUUGACAGACUAAGUAUGAUCAGUGCUCAAAAUUCAGUCCCAGUAAAUGGAAGGUCAACUGCCGCUGCGUACCCUUCUCGAAGAUAGGAAGGUGGAGGGGCAUAGGUUAACCUGUGUCGCCAGGUCGAGGAUGGAAACAUAUAUAGUCCUGUUUUACCUGUUUGCGGGAGAAUGUUUUCAAGCAAACUAUGAUUUGAGUUGUCGGCGCUAUCCCCAUAUUCUGCAGUAAUUUAUAUCUCCCCUUCGGUUUUAAUUUAGUGUGCUUCCGAAAAUUUGGGUCUGGUGCUUUGAUAUUUAUGCCUGCAUUGCAUCUUUUGACUGAUUUUUUGUGAAUGCUUGAAAGAUUAAUAUCAAUGAAAUUAUCAUUUUCUAA